GUUUUAAUGUGCAGUUUCCUUAAAUAUUCCCGAUCAUUUCAUAACGUUUUCUUCAACACAGCUUAUGCAUUUUAAUGUUAACAAGGGCAAUAUUGUUGAUUAUACUCAAGGACUGGGUACCAAUACAGUCCCGACGAAGUUUGCAGCUGUACAAAAUGUAAUCAAUGUUAAGCUUCUUCAUUUUCCAUCAGACUGAAAUACCGAUCCUGCAUAAUCAGGAAAGGACAGUUUCUUUUUAUUAUCCAUUCGUGCCGCAGAUUUUAAUAGCAUACAGGAAAAUCCUCUGGGCGAAAGUUUUAAUCCGGGAUAUAGUUAUACUUCCGGUUCAGAAAAGCAUAGUUUGUAACCUGGCAGGAAAAAAAUGACCUAAUCCAGUUUUGAUUUUUCUCUCUCGGAUCCACCGUAGAAAUCAGACUGCCUCACACUGGUGGGCUGUGGUUAAACCCCCGAGCGCCAUCCCCCGUCCCCGGAUCGCGAGGGAGACGCGCAACGCGACUGAGCCCGCUGCAGACUCGCUUAUAUAUUUAUGAGAACAUACAACGGCUGGUAGCUUUCAAGGCACUUACACGUCUCUUACAGAAAUUAAUGUGAGCAGGGAUCUUUAUUAAAGGCACUGUAACUAACAGCGAGGGUGAGUCACGGGGCUUCAAACUUAACACCAUGCGCUAACCAGCAAUUAUUUAGAAACCAAACUCUAAGUAAAUGUUUGCAUUAAAAUCAUAUAAACGUGCGAAGUAUACGACGCGUUUGCUUUAUUAACAUCUGUAUUCAAAGAGGGUUAAAUGCUUUAUCAAAAUGCACGUCAAGUCUUACUGCAUUUUCACAUUAAGCCGCUGUUUGUUUCCCCGCAUUCUUUAUUUCCCAGUCAGUUUUGGGAUCAAAGCCACCGUCAGCCUGUCCUGCUCUCUCUGGCCCUGCAGGCCUGACUGUCAUGGCAGGCCGUCUGUCUGAGAGUGAGCUGCACUACCCUUCCAGGCUGCUGGAGUAUCUCAACGGCUUCAGAGUUUCAAAGGUGAUCUUCUCUGCCUGUGAGCUGGGGGUCUUUGACCUUUUGGCGCAAUCCCAGAAGCCUUUGAGUGCAGAGGCUGUGGCCCAGGAGCUGCGCAUUAGCGCAGACGGUGCUGAGAGGCUGCUGGAUGCACUGGUGGGCAUUGGCCUCCUCGAGGUGGAAGCCGCGGAGCGUGAAGCCCUGUACAGCGCUACAGAGCUGUCCAACACCUACCUGACCAGGACGGGGGGCAAGUCGCUCCACGGCAUGACUGUUUACCUCUCCCAGACCGUCUACCCGCUCUGGGGGAAUCUGACCGAGACCAUCAGGGAGGGGAAGAAUCAGAAUGAGAAAACCUUUGGCAUUCCAUCCGAAGACAUUUUCAAAGCCAUAUACAGGUCCGAUGAAGAGAUGCUGAAGUUCAUGGGCCUAAUGAACUCUACCUGGGCCAUCGAUGGGCAUGAUGUAGUGACCGCAUUCGACCUUUCGCCCUUUAAAACGGUUGUCGACCUUGGAGGCUGCGGGGGGGCCUUAGCUCGGGAGCUGUCCCGGGAAUACCCCUCGGCCGACGUAUCCGUGCUGGAUGUGCCCAGGGUAGUGCAAGCGGCCAAGCAGCACUUUUCACAGACGGACGACACCAUCCGCUUUGUGGAAGGUGACUUCUUCUCCGGAGAGAUUCCGCCAUCAGACCUGUACAUCCUGGCACGGAUUAUCCACGACUGGAAAGAGGGAAAGGCUCUUCAGCUGCUGCAGAAGGUCCACCGGAGCUGCAGGCCGGGUGGGGGAGUCCUGAUCGUCGAGGCCCUGCUGUUUGAGAACAGAAGAGGCCCCAUUACAGCGCAGAUCUUCUCCCUCAACAUGAUGGUGCAGACGCAGGGGAGAGAGUGCCCCCCGUCUCACUAUCGCCACCUGCUGUCUGCUGCAGGCUUCCGCAACGUCCAGGUGCACAGGACAGGAAAGUCGUACGAUGCCAUACUGGGGACCAAAUGAGUCUCCAGUUAUGUGUUGUAGGCACUGGGCCCCAGUUGAUUUACCAUGAAAGUGGGCUUAUCCAUACUCUCUUAGAAAGGAUUGGGGGGCGUCUCAACGACUCCAGAGGCUAUUCCAGGGCCUCUGGGAUUUACCCCAUCCCAUAAUUUCCUGGGACAGUUCCCCAGGGGCUAUUGGUUACUGUGGCCACACCUUUCUAUUGACGUGAGGAUUUCAUGUUUGCUAAACCCUGCAGUCCAGUAUGUUAAAAAAGGAUCUAAGAAAACUGUGUCUCAGUAUGAACACCAGCUGAGAAAUAAACCGGAACAAAGAUGA